CGACCGCGCGCAGUUGCAUCGCGAGCGUCGCCAUCUCGCGCGCGCACGCCCGUGUCCUUCACAGGGGUCAACCGCGAACGCGUUCGCGUCGGCGUCAACGCAUCACACAGGGGUUCUAACCCGUCGAGCCAAAAGCAGCAGACGCGGAUCCCCCCGCGCGUCGCUCGCAGGUCGCGAUGUUUAAGCAGACGACGCGACCGCCCGCGGACUUUCGCGUCUUGAAAAUGCGCGCCGCGGAGGAUUCAAGCAGGGACAUGAACGACUACAUCAAGUCGUGCAACGCGCGUCAAGGGUACGCGCAGUGGGAAAACAACACGGACAAAAUGAUCGCGAAGAACCAGUUCAAGAAACGGUUCGAGGCGCUCAAGGCGCAGGCGGAGGCGAACCUCGACGCGAGAAGAGAGAAGCUCGCGGCGAUGCUUCUCGCGGAGGAGGCGGCGCUGAAACAGGAGCUCGUCGAUCGUCAGCAGACCCCGGAGGAGCGACAUCACGCGCUCGAAGCACGAGCGCGCGCGCUGUUCAAACAGCGCGAAGACGAGCGCGCGCAGUUCGCGCAAGAGAUGUUGUAUCGCCAGUGGCGCGAAGGCUGCGACGGCGUCCGACAAGGCGACUCGAAGGCGAAAACCGUCUCCACGGUGGAAGGGCGCAAGGCGCAGCUCGACGAGAAGCUCGCGAAGAAGCGCGCGGAGGAGGAGGAGAAGCGAUACUACGACGCGGAGUACGAGAAGCUCCGGUUGAAGAAAGAGGAGAGAUUUCUCGCGGACGUGGCGGCGCAGGAGAAACUCAAGGCGGAGGCGAUCCGGGCGUUGGACGAGCAAGUCGCGCAGGUGAGCUCCCGCCGCGUCGCGGAAGUGGAGGUUGCGAAGAGCGAAGUCGAACAGAUGAAGCAACGUUGGGCCGAGGAGGAGGAUGCGCACAAAGUGAUCCUCGCGGCGAAGGCGGAAAAAGAGCGCGUUCGUCUGGAGGAGGUUAAAGCGUUCAACGACGCGAAGAGGAAAGCGGACGCGGUCGUCAAAGCGGAGGAAGAGGCGUUCAACUUGAAGCUCGUGCAAGACGCGGCGAGGCAAGUCGCGGAGGAGGAUGCUAGGGAUAGAGAGCUCAGGGCGCGGAAGAAGGAGCAAGACGCGCAGUAUCGCGUGCACCUCGCCGCGCUCAUGGUGAAGGAAGCGGUGAGCGAAGAGGAGAGAGACCGUCUCAUCGAAGAGCAGCAGCUCGAGUACGACGCGAAACGCCAGGCGGAGAAGGACCGACAAGAAGCCGCGCGCGCGAAGCUGUGGAGCGAGGUGGACGCGGAUCGCCAGAGGCAGCUCGGGAUGAAAGCGGAAAAGCGCCGCGCGUUCGAUGAAGAAAAAGAGUACGAGCGUCAGCGCAUGGAAGCGGAGCUCGCCGAGAUGACCGCGCUCGAGCGAGAGUACACCGCGCAGGCGAACGCGCAACGCAUUCAAAACCGGUUGGACAUCGAGGCUCAGAUUCACUACAAAGAGAGUCUACAGCAGAAGAAGCGCGAGGAGGCGCAGCAAGCUUGGGAGGGGGCGCAACAAGCGGAGAAGGAGUAUCAGCAGAUGAUCGACUACGACGCCGCACAAGCGAAACCCGCCGCUCCGAACUACGCCCGGAAAGCGACGAAGUGGUACUCGUGAGUGAUCGUAAAAAUUGUUGAUAAAAAACGCUUUCGUGUUCGUC